AUGGCGAAUUUGAGACAAACUCCGCUUACGUGCAGUGGACACACGAGACCCGUGGUGCAUCUUGCAUUCUCCGACAUCACCGAAUCUGGAUAUUAUUUAAUUUCGGCGUGCAAAGAUGGUAAACCUAUGUUACGACAAGGUGAUACUGGAGAUUGGAUUGGAACGUUUGAAGGACAUAAAGGAGCAGUGUGGGGCGUUGCAUUAAAUCCUCAGGCUACAAGAGCUGCCUCUGGAGCAGCGGAUUUCAAUGCUAAAGUCUGGGACGCAAUUAAAGGGGAAGAAAUUCAUUCAUUUCAACAUAAGCACAUUGUCAAGUCUGUUAAUUUCAGCACAGAUUCCAAUUAUUUGUGCACUGGUUCUAACGAGAAGCUUGUGAGAAUUUAUGAUCUUAACAAACCUGAUGCAGCACCACAGGUUUUCUCAGGUCAUAAAAAUGGCAUCAGACAUGUCACCUUUUUCAAUAACAAUAUUGCAUUAAUUACCUGUGGCGAUGAUAAGACACUGAGAGUUUGGGAUAGAAACAGUGGUCAAGAAGUGAAAAGACUAGAUUUUCCAGCAAUUCCAAAUUCUAUGGAAGUGUCAAAAGAUGGAAAUAUCAUUACCACAACUCACUCCAAUAUAGUUACUUUUUGGAAUAGCAGAGAAUUAACCAAAUUAUGUGAAUACACCGCACCGACACAAAUGAAUAGCGCUAGUUUACAUCCAGAUUGUAGCAUUUUUGUAUGUGGCGGAGAAGAUUUAAAAAUGUACAAGUUUGACUAUGCUACCGGUACAGAAAUUGAAUCAUUCAAAGGUCACUUUGGACCUGUGCACUGUGUACGUUUCUCGCCGGAUGGUGAAUUGUACGCUAGUGGUUCAGAAGAUGGUACCUUGAGAUUAUGGCAAACAACUGUUGGCAAAACAUAUGGUCUUUGGCGAUGCAUAGAACAAACGCCUGCAAUACAAGAGAAUACUGCUGUGCUUAAUAACAAACAAGAAGUCCCUGCCAAUUAA